CAAUUGCAACGUACCUUCUCCAGUUCAAGCUGAUUUCCUCACUGCACUUAGAUUCCUUUGAGAGAAGUAAAGCCAAGCGUGUGAACCGAAUUCCAAACGAUGGGGAACAAUACUAGUAACGGCGACCAAAUUGAUCAAAGUUUAUCGAGACCACGAUCCAGCUCGGUGACACGCCGAAUCGUGAAGGCAAGUAAGCCUGUUGCAGAUAUCAACGUGGAAUUCACAAACAUAAACGAGGAGAUAGAUGAAAAAGAUCAGCUGCAAGAGCCGAAGAACCGGCGCUCUCAGCACAUUCCGAACCCUAUUGCUGAAAGCUCUUCGGUAGCGCGGGAGCUGGAACACGAGAAGCUUGAGCACAUCAAACAAGAAACCAUCCGGACAGCGACAACGCGUCAACGUGCCAAGCGGGAGAAGGUCAUGCAUGAUCGUCGGAAAAAUCCAACAAAAGAUAACAAGUCCUCUGUCAAGGCGAAUCCCUUUUCCCGUUUCCUUACCGUUUUCUCGGUGGAACCACAGCAUCCAGAGCACAAGCGAGGCUUCUCCAAAUGCGAGAACGACGACAUUCAUGAACCGUUUGAGAAACGGCUUCGUGCGUCAGAUUCAGAAAAAGUGGAAUUGGAACGAGAUGCUCACGAUCUGGACGACAACUCUAAUAGUGCGUGGUGGUCAUCGUCACUUGCGUUUUCGGCCGUGGCUGUUGCCGGCGCUGCGUAUGCCUUGGUACUAAUCGUGCGGCUGAACAGAAUGAAGCACUAGCCGAAGACAAGCGAGCGCUUCAUAAAGAAAAACCAGAUGUAAAAAGUGAUACCUUUAGAAAUAUUGUUAUCUAAAGAAGAUAGGAUACAUACC